AUGUCGAAUUUCUUCUGCUUCUCCAGACAAAAACUUGUGCAGUUUACAAAGAUGGCUUUGCCACAUUGUGGCUUAUACUUCUUCAUUUUUUUGUAUCUAAUGGCUGGAGCAUGGACAUUUGCGACUGUGGAAGAUAAUGCGGAUCGUGAGCAACAACUUAUCAAACUAUCCAACAUUCGUGAUGUGUAUCAGAAAAUUGCUGAAAUUUCAAGUGAAGAAUGCUCAAUUGCAUCGAAAAGAUCACAUUUUAGACAGCAUUUAUUUCAAACACUCUCAAAGUUAUCAUCCUUUAUGGAAGCACGCGAUUUCCUGCUUAAUCCCGAUAUUAAUCAACUUGAAGAAUUGGUUUUACCAAAAUGGACAGCAGUACCAUCAAUUUUAUAUGCUUUGUCAAUUUUGACAACAACGGGUUAUUUAUCAGCAGUACCGAUGACAAAAUUUGGACAGUUUAUUGCUAUAGUUUAUGGAUUAGUGGGUAUUCCAUUGAUGGUACUAGCAGCGGUUGAUAUCGGACGUUUCUUAUCUGAUAUCGUUUUACGACUUUAUCGAAAAUAUUGCGUGAUGAAGCAUAAAAUUGCAAAAGCAUGCGGUUGUUCAGAGAAGAAGCAACUUAUUAUGGAACUAAUGGAAACGAAGGGUAUUCCUCAUGUAUCCAAAAUUCGGAAACGAAAAAGAAAAGGUAAAGAAAUGAUGGUGACAAUAAAGGAAGACAAUGAUGAAGUAAACCGUUUACCGUUAUCCGUCAAUGCAUCUAUCUUACUUGUCUUUUGCAUGCUUGGCGGUGUUUGUUAUACUGUCGCUGGUGGUCAAAAAAGUUUCUUAGAAGCAUUUUUCGUUACAUUCAAUUUGGUAGCCAAUUUAACAAUGGCUGAAAUGCCUAACGAUCUGAAUAAUAUUUUGACAUUUUUCUACAUCUUAAUCUUUGUCACAUUUGGUCUGGCGGUAUUGUCCAUGUGCGGUAAUUUGGCAGCUUCAGAACUGAGAGCUGUUUUCAUGAAAAUUCAUUAUUUUGGCCGAAAAAUUUCCUGGCGUAGACAACAAAUGUCGAAAGAAAAACAACGUGGUAUAGAACUUACCGAAAUGUUGAAAAUUAUUAUUGCAAUCCGUGAAUUACAUCCCGAGAAAGACAAUAUAACUUCGGAAGAUAUUAUGGGGAUUUUGAAUGAAGUGCGAUACAAUCCAUUGUGCUUUGAUUUUUGCAAUCAAAAAAAACGACGUGACACAAUCGCAUUCACACCACAAAGCUUCGAAGCAUUGCGAUUUGCUGAUGAGCUUGAUGUAGAUGAUACAGUGCAUCGAACUUUCUCCCGAAAUCAUUUGUUUUCAUGA